ACACUUCACCCUUUCAAACCUCAAAAAGCCCCACUUCACCUACUCUCUUCGUUACUGCAGACGACGGAGAUUUUUCUUCACAUCCCCCAUUAAAUACUCUCUCUCUCUCUCUCUUCUGGUUCAUCUCUCUGUGCGAAAAAAAAAGAGGAAAGAGAAAGAAAUGGCAUUUGAAAAGAUCAAGGUGGCCAACCCCAUCGUUGAGAUGGACGGAGAUGAGAUGACAAGGGUAAUCUGGACAUUUAUCAAAGAGAAGUUGAUUUUCCCCUUCGUGGAGCUGGAUAUCAAGUACUACGAUCUCGGCCUUCCUCACCGUGACGCCACAGACGAUAAAGUUACCGUUGAGAGUGCUGAAGCUACUCUCAAAUACAAUGUGGCGAUUAAGUGUGCGACGAUCACUCCGGAUGAAGCUCGUAUGACGGAGUUCAACUUGAAGAAUAUGUGGAAGAGUCCAAAUGGUACAAUCAGAAAUAUUUUGAAUGGUACGGUUUUCAGAGAACCAAUUCUCUGCAAAAAUGUUCCUCGUCUUGUUCCAGGAUGGACGAAGCCGAUUUGCAUUGGAAGGCAUGCCUUUGGAGAUCAAUACAAAGCAACCGAUGCAGUAAUCAAAGGACCUGGAAAGCUCAAAAUGGUUUUCGUGCCAGAAGGAAACGGAGAGACAACAGAUUUAGAGGUCUACAAUUUCACUGGUGCUGGUGGGGUUGCUUUGUCUAUGUACAACACUGACGAGUCCAUCAAUGCUUUUGCCGAUGCUUCGAUGAACACUGCCUACGAGAAAAAAUGGCCGUUGUAUCUUAGCACAAAGAACACAAUUCUCAAGAAGUAUGAUGGCAGAUUCAAAGACAUAUUCCAAGAAGUUUACGAAGCUAAAUGGAAAUCGAAGUUUGAGGCUGCAGGAAUAUGGUACGAGCACCGUCUAAUUGAUGAUAUGGUUGCGUACGCUCUAAAGAGCGAAGGAGGCUAUGUAUGGGCUUGCAAGAACUACGAUGGUGAUGUGCAGAGUGAUUUCUUAGCACAAGGGUUUGGAUCUCUUGGGCUGAUGACCUCUGUCUUGGUUUGCCCUGAUGGCAAGACAAUUGAGGCCGAAGCUGCCCAUGGAACUGUUACUCGUCACUUUAGGGUUCACCAAAAAGGCGGCGAAACCAGUACAAAUAGCAUUGCCUCUAUCUUUGCUUGGACUCGUGGCCUCGCACACAGGGCAAAGUUGGACGACAAUGCAAAACUAUUGGAAUUUACCGAGAAACUAGAAGCAGCUUGUAUUGGUGUUGUGGAAUCCGGAAAGAUGACCAAGGAUCUUGCUCUCAUCAUCCAUGGAUCCAGGCUAACCAGAGAGCACUAUCUCAACACUGAAGAGUUCAUUGAUGCGGUUGCCGUUGAGCUCAAAGCAGGACUUUCGUGCUGAGUAUAAUCGAUUUCGAAGACAUUUUUUCUCUUUUAUAAUCCAAUGAAAUGCUUUUAUUAUUUACGCCUUUGGAGAUCUUUCGUCUCGAAAAACUGCUCUACUUUUUAAAAAUAAUUUUAUCUUCCAUUUUAUUCGGCUUGGAUUUUAUUGCAAACACAGAGACAUCUGUUACGGCGUCGUAUUUACGAGUUAAAUGAUUGGAAGAAGCUUGACCAAUAUCCGAUUUACAAAUAUUUUGAUUUCUUGUUUUUUUUCUCGGUAGGUUACGGUUGUCGAUUUUUACGGUCCUACUUUAUUCAUUCAUCAGUAUUAUUUUCAUAUUGGAAUUAUUUGUGGUGAGUGGUCCUCUGCAUUAAAUCCAUUUGAUCUGUUUUGAUGUUU